GUCCCAACUUAAUUAUCAUUAGUUGUGAUGGGAAUAGCUUCACCUACCGCUGCCAAUCAGGAAUCUCUUCUAUUGUCAACAACCGCUUUUCAAAUGUGCCUUGUAGUGUCAAUAGCUCUGCCGUUUCAUCUUCACUCAUCGACACAACAAACUCCGAUUUCCCACCUGCAGAACCCCGCUUGAAAGCCAUAAGCACGUCCGAAGGAACCAUCUGGCACAAAAGAAAUAUUAG